UGCGUGCAGUAGGCGGAACCCGGACCCUAUCCACAUCCCCCUUUGAAGAGAUUAUGAGGACAAUUUACCGAGGAACACAUGCCAUUAACACCAUUUGGAGGGAACACGUACGGAUCUAGCAGGACGGAGACAGGACGACACGCUACGGGUCGACGCAAAGCCAGCCAGCGGAGACUAGAUCUAUGUGAAGAUAUUUGGUGUUUGAGGAGGAUACUUAACGAUAGUUGUGUGAUCCCAGGAGGAAAAUAAAAAGUUCACUCACAGAGCGCUUCGCACAGCAGAGCAUCAGACAUCCCUAUAGACGCACCAAGGCACCAGGACAGAGAUGAGUGAGGAUAAACCAGCCGACACUGUGGAAACUGCUCCUGCUGAGGUGAACACCAUUCCUAAUGGGAAAGGCCAUGAGCCCGGGGAUGAGACCACAGCAACAGCCAAAACACCUCCUGCAGAGACAGACCCUGAGAAGGAAACUGUGGCCAAUAGCGCCCAGAAUGCCAGUCCCCACAGAACUGAGGGCACAGAGGCCAACCUCGCAGAGAGCCAGGAGUUCUUAUCAAGCAUGGAAGGACAGAAAACUACGCGCUUUACAGAUUUUGAGGGGAAAACCUCGUUUGGGAUGUCAGUCUUCAACUUGGGCAAUGCAAUCAUGGGAAGUGGAAUCCUGGGACUGGCAUAUGCCAUGGCCAACACCGGGGUCGUCCUGUUUUUGAUACUCCUGACAGUGGUGGCAGUCCUCUCAUCUUAUUCCAUCCAUUUACUCCUUAAGUCAUCUGGUAUUGUGGGUAUCCGUGCAUAUGAGCAGCUGGGCUACAGGGCCUUUGGGACCCCAGGGAAGAUGGCUGCAGGCAUUGCCAUCACACUGCAGAACAUCGGAGCCAUGUCCAGUUACCUGUAUAUUGUCAAGUAUGAGUUCCCCCUGGUCCUCCAGGCCUUCCUGAAGGUGGACAAGCCUGCAGGUGAAUGGUACUUGAACGGAAAUUACCUCGUGAUCAUAGUAUCAGUUGCAGUAAUUCUGCCACUGGCUCUGAUGAAGCAGCUAGGGUACCUGGGAUACACCAGUGGCUUCUCCCUCAGCUGCAUGGUCUUCUUCCUCAUUUCAGUCAUCUACAAAAAGUUCAAUGUCCCCUGUCCAUUUGUGGACUUUGUUUUUAAUGGUACCCUCAGUGGAACGCAUGACAAUGCUACAGAUCCUGUUGGGGAGGACAGCCAUGACUGUGUUCCCAAAAUGGUGAACCUCAACUCACAAACGGCCUACACCAUCCCCAUCCUGGCGUUCGCCUUUGUGUGCCACCCCGAGGUCCUGCCUAUCUACACAGAGCUGCGCAACCCCACCAAGAAAAAGAUGCAGCAUGUGUCCAACAUCUCCAUUGCAGUCAUGUACACCAUGUACUUCCUGGCUGCUCUUUUUGGAUACCUGACUUUCUAUGGUGAGGUGGAGGCUGAGCUGCUACAUACCUACAGCCGCAUUGACCCAUAUGACAUUCUGAUUUUGUGUGUGCGUCUGGCUGUGCUCACUGCUGUCACGCUCACUGUGCCCAUUGUGCUCUUCCCUGUACGGAGAGCAAUUCAGCAGAUGCUCUUUCCCAACAAGACCUUCUACUGGCCCCGCCACAUUGCCAUCGCUCUAAUUCUGCUCACCUUCAUCAACCUGCUGGUCAUCUUUGCCCCCAACAUCUUGGGCAUCUUCGGCAUCAUUGGUGCCACAUCCGCUCCUUGUCUCAUCUUCAUCUUCCCUGCUGUCUUUUACAUUCGUAUUGUACCCAAAGAAGAGGAGCCUAUGCGCUCAACCCCCAAAAUCCUGGCCGCCUGCUUUGCUGGGAUUGGCUUUCUGUUUAUGAUAAUGAGUCUCAGCUUUAUCAUCAUUGAUUGGACAUCGGGGAGCAGCAAAGCCAGCAGUGGUCACUAGGUAGCAGGUUCUACUUUUCAGGUUUUAUAUUGUUGAUUUAGGUCUGUGUUAUAUUUUUGCUGUUUUUUGUUUUGGAUCGCAUUUGAAAUUAAAGAUGCCCUGUCUUUUCCGGUAGAAAGUGUUGGCCACAGAGAAGGAGUCCAGAGGGCACUCCCUCUGGACUAGCUCUCACUCUGAUGACAUGAAGUUUAGAUACCCAGCCAAACAGUUACAACAGAUCCAGGCCAGUAGACUUUCUUGGGAAUUUGAUAGUGCAUUCAAUAUUAGGCCACGUGCAUAAAGAUGUCACAGUUGGCAGUUGUCAUUUGCAGGCUGUGCCUUGUGAGUUGGUUAUAAAUAAAGUAAUAACAUAAACAUGGGAGGGCAUUGUCUUUAUGCACUUGGCCCACUCAAAAGUUGUGUUGGUUGUGUGCAUCUGCCACCACUUGCUAUCGCCAUCCUGUCCGUAGAUGACCUGUAGUCUGCAAACUGCUACUCACACCACUGCAUAAACUUUGAAGCACCUCUCUGGUGUCUCAAACUUUAUCUUUGUGUCUGGCUGUCUUGAAUGGAACAGACACCUAUUGAGUGAUAGUCAUUUCUUUUAUGAUUUUUAAGACUAUUUAAAUUAUUUGAAUAACUAGAUCUUGCCGAUUCUGUGCAAUUGCAGAGGAAAUGUGAUGGUAAAUGGUAAAUAAGUCAAGGUAUAGCCUUUGGCCCCUGCUCCAAUGACCUGUGCUGCUACUUGGUGGCGUUUACAGUCACACCUCACUCUGAGAGAGCAGGGGGGCAGAAUGUAUGUGGAUCAGUGUUAUAUACACAUUAUUUGUCAUAACAUUCCUUGACAAUAUAAUAGAGAUAUAUAUUUUUCCAUAAUUUCUAUGUGAUAAGAACCUCACAAGAUACAGUAUGGACUGUAGAGUUGAUCUCAUCUAGGGUUUAUUAAGGCUAUCGAUAUCAGACUGGCAGGUCUCAUAUCAGUAGUUUUAUUAAAUGGCUCUUGGCUGUCCAGAUUACAGCUCUCUACUGAAGAAAGCUGGUACAGGGUAAGGACUUUUUUCAGUAUUACUGUCUGUCUAAUAUACCAUGACAAAGGGUACUGAAAACCUGAUCAGGGUGAAUCAGUUGGAUUGUAUUGAUCAAAGUGAUAAAUGCAACCGUUCAGUGUUCUCCAUUGAAACAGGGAUGAUUUUUACCUGGGAUUUUUGAUGUGUUGUUUCUGAGCAUCUACUGAAAGUAAUCAGAGAUAACCAAAAUAUGUUUAGAACCACAGGGUUACUUCAUUAAGUGGAUUGUUACAGUAUGGUGUCUGAAAAUAUUGCAGUAUCCAGCACAAGCUUGAUCCCUAACUGAAAUGACAUGUGCCAUAGGCACACAGGCAUUGGGAAAACUGUCUCCAUAACAACCUUGCUAAGUUGGUGGUUAGCUAUAGCACUUUCAUCUGAUAAGCACAACGUCCUGUAGCCAUUAAUCACAUGCAAACAAUUUAUCUGUAAGAUGCUCAUAUAUUUGAUAGAUGUUAUUUAAGGGAAUAUCCCUUUGUAAAACUAAACCUUUGAUAAAUGAAUCAUUCUUAUGUAGAUCACAAGAAAAUUAGUAAUGUAUCUAUGGUAUAACAUGGUACAAGGAUGUUUCCUCAAACAUUACUUGAAGUCAUCUUGAAGAUAACUUUCAUGUGCUUUUUCUACCUUUUGUUUUGGACCCCCUGAUCAUUAGUUUCCUCCUCUGCUCUAUUCUGUAGGAAAAAACAACAACAACAACAAAUUUUGUGGAUGUACUGUGAGGGGUUUUCAAGUGUCUGUGUUGUUCAAAAAGAAAACAUGACUCUGCCGUAUUUGAAUUGUGGUACUUAUAUGCGUAUGUAUUGUCAAACCUGGACCUAUACUCGGAUCAGAAGUAUAAUUGAAGUGUUGGUCUCUUGUCAAUGAUAGAUUAACUGUUGUUUUAAACCUAAUGUUUAAUGCUUUUUCAGGCCUAUCAGCUGAAUCUGAUUUAAUGAUUAAAUGCAGGAUUCGCAAGCCUGUUGAUGAAGCUGUUUUGUUUGUAUUUCGUUUUUUUUUUGUCUUUGAUCGUCUUGUCUGACAUGAAACAAUGUGGCAUACUAGUUUCAGUUGUUUCUAACACAUCCUCAUUGCUGCUUUUUGGGAUACAGUACUAACAUGGAGCAACUAGCGAGCUGGUAUCCCUACCCAUUUAAUUAUUUUUUAAUGAUAAAUCCUAUAAUACAGUGAGUGCAGUAUGAGUGUUGUACAGCUGUUGUUCCCAAGUGUUCUGUCAAGUUGUUACAUUUGGUGAUUAAACACAUCAGAGCUCUUUUAAACAUUUUUAUAUAAUUAUUUCUGGAAAAUUGUUUGUGUGCAUGUACCAUAUACAGAGGGAAUCAUCUGCAUCAGCUGCUGGAUCAUAAUUUAGUGAAGUUGUUAAACCAGUGCAAUGGUUGUACACCCAAACCCCCAGUUCUUAGUUUGAACCUCAGUUUUUGGUUGUUUGUUUAAAAAUGUAUUAUUGGCAAGUCUGGUCAGUGUCAUAAAGUUACUUAGCUCCAUGGUGCAUGCAUACAAAACACUUCAACACCUCAAAACAUGCAAAAAAGCAACUCGAGGCAGCAAAGGGAGGAAGACACUGUGUUAGUGGCUGGUACAAAAUGAUGACCUCUGUUAACCUCUCAUUAGCUCUCAAUGUGGUUAGUCUUGUAUCCUCACUCUGUGUGAUUUAUGGAAAUGUGUAUGACUGAAUAAUAACAUUAAAUAUUGAUAUCACCCAGCAUUUAUAAAUAUGUAUAUAAAUGUAAACCCUUUAUAUUCUAUAUGCAUAUCUAGUUUGUAUAAUGUAAAUAGCAGGUACAGUUAGUCUGAUUAAAAAUAUAAACAUAAUCAUUUCUAAAGUGCUUUUAAACCCUUUGUCCUUCAAUUUAUGUCUAUUUUCUUGGUAUCUCUAUAUAUUUUAAUACAUUGCUGGCAGUUAUUGUACUGUAAACAAUGUUGCAAUAAAGAUAAUGAGGUAACAUGA